AUGUAAUUUUUUUAAAAGUCAUAAGAAGAAAUUAGAAUUGAGUAAAAAUUGUAAAGAAUAAAUACAGCUUAAUAAGAUGAAAAAUAUAGAAAACCAAAUCCUUGUUAAAUUGUAUUUCCAGAAGAAAACUUUAUUGAAAUGAUAGUUUAAUAAGAAGGAAAACAAAUCAAAUUAAAUACUUAUAGAUUUCCAGCCGUUACUAAACCUAAGGCUAUUGUAUUCAUGUUUCAUGGUUUAUGUGCACAUAUUAAUCAUUGUGCUCAUAUUGCUUAGAAAAUGGCAUAAGAAGGAUUUUUGAUUGUUGGAUUUGAUCAUAGAGGUUUUGGAAAAUCUGAAGGUUUACGAGGUUAUAUUGAAAGUCUUGAAAUUCAUUUAUAAGAUAGUCGUCUAUUUAUUUAAAAAGUUAUGGAAUUAUAGGGAAAUUCUAAUCUUCCUAUCUUUUUAUCUGGUUAAUCUAUGGGUGGAAUGACUGCUUUUAGAUUAGCAAUCUUAGGAAAUAUUCCUAAUCUUAAAGGGAUUAUACUAUAUGCUCCUGCAAUCAAAAGUCUAUUCAGUGGUUUAUUCAUUGGUACAAUUUAAUUUUUAGGAUAUCUGAUACCAAAAUACAAAUUAGUAAAACCUAAAAGAGGAUAAACAACUAAAAACCCAUAAAUAACCGAAGAUCUAAUGAAAGAUCCCUAUACAUAUUAAUAAGAACUCCUUCCAAAAACUAUUUCAACUGUCACUGUAAGCAUGAAAGAAUCUGAAUCAAUGUAUAGAUAAUUAAAUACUCCUUGGAUAGUUAUAUAAGGAGGUAUUGAUAAAUUAGUUGAUCCUGAUUUAGCAUAAAUAUUAGAAAGAGAAUCACCAUCAUAAGAUAAAACAGUAUUAUUUUAUGAAAACUUAUGGUAAUUAUUAAAUAAAUAAUUAGGCACGAUAUAUGGCAUGAAGAAGAAAUCUAAGAUAUCAUACCUAAAGUAAUUCAAUGGUUAAAUUAGAGAGUAUGAAUGAAAUAUUAAAAAGCA